AUGACUACGGAUGGAGGAGGUUGGAUGGUCUUCCAAAAAAGAGUGGAUGGAUCUACGGAUUUUUACAAAGGUUGGAAAAAAUACAAAAGAGGAUUUGGAAAACCGUCCAAAAACUACUGGAUUGGAAAUGCUAGACUCUACAAGUUCACAAAGGGUAAGGAUCAGGAAAUGAGAGCUGACCUUCUAGAUUUUAAUAACAACACGGCGUAUGCUCAAUAUUCCACAUUCUAUAUUGGAGAUGAAAAGAGCAACUACACCCUCACUGUGUCGGGUUCAUCAGGAACGGCGGGAUACGGUCUGGGAUACCACAAUGGGAUGAUGUUUAGUACAUACGACCGUGAUAAUGACAAGCAAUCGGGUAAUUGUGCCGAACAGUAUCGCGGAGGCUUUUGGUACAAUGCUUGUCAUGUCGUAAACCUGAAUGGGGAGUAUGCGAAUUCUGGGUAUAUUCAUCCUCGGUUCCCGGUCUGGUAUUAUUGGAAGACUAAAUAUGAAGCAUUGAAGGAAACAAAGAUGAUGAUCAGACCAAAGAACUAAAACCCGUAUAUUUU